AGUGCCAGAAAUUCGAGGUGCCAGCUUCACGGACUAUGAUUUAAGCCAAGCUGAUCCUGAUGUCCUGUCAAUUAUCAACAACGAGAAAGAACGCCAAUUUAGAAGUUUGGAGCUCAUUGCCUCGGAGAAUUUCACGUCACGGGCAGUGAUGGAAGCAGUUGGUUCUUGCCUCACAAAUAAAUAUUCUGAAGGACUUCCUGGAAAACGGUACUACGGUGGGAAUGAGUACAUUGAUGAGCUAGAGAUUCUUUGCCAGGGAAGGGCAUUGGCCGCAUUUAACCUAGAUGGAAGCAAAUGGGGUGUAAAUGUUCAGCCACUAUCUGGUUCUCCGGCAAAUUUUGAAGUUUAUACUGCCAUUCUUAACCCACAUGAUCGGAUAAUGGGAUUGGACUUGCCUCAUGGGGGGCACCUGUCUCAUGGAUUCAUGACUCCCAAAAGACGGGUUUCAGGAACAUCUAUUUAUUUUGAAUCUAUGCCUUACCGACUUGAUGAAUCUACAGGACUUGUUGACUAUGACAUGCUUAAGAAAACAGCAACACUUUUUCGGCCUAAACUUAUCAUCUGUGGUGCUAGUGCUUAUCCACGAGACUUUGAUUAUCCUCGCAUGAGAAAGAUAGCAGAUGAUGUUGGAGCUUUUCUAAUGAUGGAUAUGGCUCAUAUUAGUGGGCUUGUUGCUGCCUCUGUUGUUGCUGACCCUUUUGAGUACUGUGACAUUGUUACAACAACUACCCACAAGUCUCUGAGAGGACCAAGAGGCGGCAUGAUCUUCUUCAAGAAGGAUCCUGUUCUCGGAGUUGAUCUAGAAUCUGCCAUUAAUAAUGCCGUUUUUCCAGGUUUACAGGGAGGUCCACAUAAUCACACUAUAGGGGGGCUUGCUGUUUGCUUGAAGCACGCAAAGUCACCGGAGUUUAAUGCGUACCAAAAGAGGGUAGUUUCAAAUUGUAGAGCUCUUGCGACACGGUUAAUGGAGUUGGGCUACAAACUAGUGUCUGGAGGGACUGAUAAUCAUCUGGUUCUUGUUGACUUAAGACCUAUUGGUAUGGAUGGUGCUAGAGCGGAGAAAAUCCUCGACUUGGCUUCUAUCACUCUCAACAAGAAUUCUGUACCCGGUGAUAAAAGCGCGCUAGUGCCAGGUGGCAUUCGUAUAGGGUCACCAGCUAUGACGACCCGAGGUUUCACGGAGAAGGAAUUUGUGGAAGUUGCCGAGUUCAUCCACGAGGGCGUGCAAAUUGCCAUUGAAGCUAAAAAACUAGUUUCAAGUUCCAAGGUUCAAGAUUUCUUGAAAUUUGUUACUUCCCCAGAAUUCCCGUUAACCAGUCAAGUCUCGGGCCUUCGUGGAAGAGUCGAAGCCUUGACCACACAAUAUCCGUUGCCCGGUCUGUGACCAAAUGUAAGAUUUGGAUGUGUGGAACUCAUCUAUCAUCUCUUUUUGUAGUGUCAAAAUGUAGCUGAGUAUGAACUUUUUUAUAAGACCUGAGGAACCUAUGUUUUGUGCUGAUUUAUUUGGCCCCUUUUCACUGUAUUUUAACAAAAAAUUGCUGUCAGG